UAUGCGUUUAUUUGUUCCAAAACUAGUUGCACCUCGUGACCUAUCAUGUUUACUUAAUAUAAAAUUCAGUUUAGUAAUAGAAUCGGCACAGUGUGUGAUUGCAUUUGACAAUGUUAGUGUUAGAACUAGCCGUGAUAUUCAGCGUGGUGUUUGCGGUCUGGUGGUACAUAUACUACUGGAAACUUCCCCCUCAGUCACCUCCAGUGUACCCAGGAGCAUUGCCCAUCAUUGGACACGCGCAUGAAUUAUUCAGACACAUGAUUGGGAGCAAUGAAUUAUGGAGGUAUUUCAAAAAAGAAUGUGAUUACGCGUUAGAAAACGAGGGAAUUAUUAGUUUACGAGUGGGCCCUCAUUUCUUAUACGGUGUAACUGACCCAAAAGAUGCCACAUUUAUCGCAAAUACAUGUCUUGAGAAAGCAUAUUUUUACAAAUUCGCAAACGACUUUUUUGGAAAAGGAUUACUACUGUCAGAUACGCCGGAGUGGAAAGUACAUCGCAAAUUAUUAAACCCAGCAUUUAGUCAAACAGUAAUGAACACCUACGUGGAUGAAAUCAACGUACAAGCCCAAUAUUUUGUCAAACGACUGACUGUUUUGGCAGGAAAAGGGCCCAUUAACAUUCAAGAAUUUAUUACUAAUUAUAUACUGGCGUUACUUUGUCGAACCUCUAUAGGACUGACGCCUGAAGAUCAAAAUAUGAUUGACAACGAUUAUGCAGAAAUCAUAGAUGAAAUUGAAAAAGUAUACAAUAAGCGAGGUGCUACUGUGUGGCUAUACCCAUCAUUUAUAUACAACAGGUCUGCAUUGAAACGUAGAGAACAGGAGUUAGUCAGAACUGUUAAGGAUAUCUUAAAUCCCAUAAUCAGGAAACGAAGAUCUAUAAUAAAAGAAACAUAUUAUAUUAAGAAUUGUGACGAAUAUUCACAGACCAGUGUAACAGGUAAAUACAAGCCGUUACUAGACUUAUUGAUACAUUUAGCUGACGAACAAGACGUUUUUACCGAAGAUGAAAUUAGAGUGCAACUGAAUACUUUCGUAGCAGCUGCUAAUGACACAACUACAUCCUUAUUGCAGUAUAUUUUAUUAGCACUUGGAUCACAUGCGCAAGUACAGGAACGACUUUAUAAAGAAGUUCAAGAAGUCUUUAAAAAUGAAGAUUUGGAUAAAAAUGAUUUGACAAAACUUGUUUACACGAAAGCCGUGAUAAAGGAGGUAUUGAGAUUGUAUCCUCCGGUUCCUUUGGUUGCAAGACGAGUCCAUACUGACAUCAAACUCCCGAAAUAUACAUUACGAGCUGGAAAUACAUGUGUUCUGUCGUUGUACGAUCUUAACCGUCACUCCUCGUGGGGACCAGAUGUGAAGGAGUUUAAACCGGAGCGAUGGUUAAAUCCUGAUACAUUACCAGAAAACCCGAAUACCUUUGCAGGGUUUAGUAUCGGCAAAAGAAACUGCAUUGGGAAGGAGUACGCAAUGAUGACCUUGAAAACAUCGCUUGCACAUAUCGUGCGCAAGUUCCACAUUUCUGGUGAUAUCAACAAUUUGAAAUGGACAUUUGAAGCUCUAUUGAAACCAACAACUCCAGCUCUUGUCACUUUAACUUUAAGGUCUUAAACAGUAAUUAAAGAUUGUGUUACUAUACGGACAUUUUCUUCUAGUGUAUAUCAUUACUCUUUAUUAUUGAUAACAAUAUUAUUGGCUUGUCAUUAGUAUGCAUGUAAUAUCUACCAUAGAACAUGUAACUGUUUCAAUAAAGUAACGUAAAUAACCUCUA